AAAUGACCUCCACCUUCAACCCCCGAGAAUGUAAACUGUCUAAGCAAGAAGGGCAAAACUAUGGCUUCUUCCUGCGAAUUGAGAAGGACACUGAGGGCCACCUGGUCCGGGUGGUUGAGAAGGGUAGCCCAGCAGAGAAGGCUGGCCUUCAGGAUGGAGACCGAGUUCUUAGGAUCAAUGGUGUCUUUGUGGACAAAGAAGAACAUACGCAGGUUGUGGAUCUGGUCAGAAAGAGUGGGAAUUCAGUGACUUUACUAGUUCUGGAUGGGGAUUCCUAUGAGAAAGCAAUGAAAACACAGGUGGACUUGAAAGAGUUGGGUCAAAGUCAGAAGGAGCAAGGUUUGAGUGAUAAUACACUUUCCCCUGUGAUGAAUGGAGGCGUGCAAACUUGGACCCAGCCCCGGCUCUGCUACCUCGUGAAGCAGGGAGGCAGCUAUGGCUUCUCUCUGAAAACUGUCCAAGGUAAAAAGGGGGUGUACAUGACUGAUAUUACACCUCAAGGUGUGGCUAUGAAAGCUGGAGUUCUGGCUGAUGAUCACUUGAUUGAAGUGAAUGGAGAGAACGUAGAGGAUGCCAGCCACGAGGAAGUGGUUGAAAAGGUGAAGAAGUCAGGAAGCCGUGUCAUGUUCCUGCUGGUGGACAAAGAAACUGACAAGUGUCACCUUGAGCAGAAGUUACAAUUCAAAAGAGAAACGGCCAGUUUGAAACUGUUACCCCACCAGCCCCGAAUUGUGGAGAUGAAGAAAGGAAGCAAUGGUUAUGGUUUCUAUCUGAGGGCAGGCUCAGAACAGAAAGGUCAAAUCAUCAAGGACAUAGAUUCUGGAAGUCCAGCAGAGAAGGCUGGCUUGAAGAACAAUGAUCUGGUAGUUGCUGUCAACGGCGAUUCUGUGGAAACCCUGGAUCAUGACAGUGUGGUGGAAAUGAUUAGAAAGGGUGGAGAUCAGACUUCACUGUUGGUGGUAGACAAAGAGACGGACAACAUGUACAGACUGGCUCAUUUUUCUCCAUUUCUCUACUAUCAAAGUCAAGAACUGCCCAAUGGCUCUGUCAAGGAGGCUCCAGCUCCUACUCUCGCUUCUCUGGAAGUCUCAAGUCCACCAGAUACUACAGAGGAAGUAGUUCAUAAGCCUAAACUCUGCAGGCUGGCUAAAGGUGAAAAUGGCUAUGGCUUUCACUUAAAUUCGAUUCGGGGUCUGCCAGGCUCAUUCAUCAAAGAGGUACAGAAGGGCGGCCCUGCUGACUUGGCUGGGCUAGAGGAUGAAGAUAUCAUCAUUGAAGUGAAUGGGGUGAAUGUGCUAGAUGAACCCUAUGAGAAGGUGGUGGAUAGAAUCCAGAGCAGUGGGAAGAAUGUCACACUUUUAGUCUGUGGAAAGAAGGCCUAUGAUUAUUUCCAAGCUAAGAAAAUCCCUAUUGUUUCCUCCCUGGCUGAUCCACUUGACACCCCUCCAGAUUCUAAAGAAGGAACAGUGGUGGAGUCAGGGCAUGACUCAUACAUGGCAAAAGAAUGGGCCCACAGUACAGCCUCACAUUCUUCUUCCAAUUCUGAAGAUACAGAGAUGUGAUGAAAACAAGUAAUAGCGUUGGCUGUUUUAUUUGAUAGCUAUUUCUGGGUAUUUAAUAGGAAUCCUUUCUCAAGGAAUGAGUUGCGACCAGUUUACUGUCUCUUUAGAAGAAAAACUCCACUGGAAACCAUUCACCAUGUGUGAUUGGUCUUACGGGCGGCUAUUGCAGACGGCUAAUUUUUGCUUAACUUAGGAAGAGAUAAGGCAAGAGCUAGAUUUUUUUCAUGUGAUCUCUUCCAAGCUUCAACUUAACUACAUUUCUCUGUAUGAUGAUGUCUCUUACUUCUACAGGUUCCUUGAGCACCAAAGAUGAUUCAUAACUCUGUAUAGGUGAUAGCUGCUUAUUAAAGCAUCUUAGCAGAUAAGCCUAUUAAAAUUGUGCUUUUGUAACAAUGUUGUAGUUGCUAGAAUAAAUACCAUUAACAAAUGCC